ACUGACCUUACCAAAAUGGCGCGGCUUGUGAACUCGUUUGUGACAUAGCGCAUCCGGCUGCGUCACGUCCGAACACUCAAGCACAAAAACAUGGCGUUGCUUCUAAGGACGGUGGCCCGGCAGGGUCUGUGUUUGUCACGGUCACAGUUUGGUGUGCUCUACAGACAUGCGGUUCCUAUGGGAACUACAGCAAAUGAGGAAAUGAACAAGUUUUGGGCAAAAAACACACAACUCAACCGACCUGUCUCCCCACAUGUGAGCAUCUACAAGUGGUCUAUCCCCAUGAUGAUGUCCAUCUCACACAGAGGAACAGGCGUAGCGCUAAGUUCAGGAAUCUCUGCGUUUGCACUUGCUGCGUUGGUGUUACCUGAGAGUUACCCAUAUUACCUUGAUUUGAUUCACUCCAUGACUUUUGGGCCCCAGUUUCUUGCUUUCAGCAAAUUUGCUCUGGCUUUCCCAGUGGCUUACCACACGUUCAACGGCAUCCGGCAUCUGGCGUGGGAUCUUGGGAAGGGUUUUAAGAUUCCUGAAGUCUAUCGUUCUGGCUACAUUGUCACUGCUGUGACUGUUCUCACAUCGAUCGGUCUUGCUGCCAUGUAAAUCUAUAGACAUGAGAGGACUGGGUGAGACGCACAAAUGAAGAAGACGUGGACUUGGGGAAAGUGGUGUUCUUUUGUUUAUCUGUCUAAGAAGUGGUCUGUAAGGACCAAAUUCAUUAAUAUAAUAAAUAAAAAAAUUAAAUAAAAUAAAAAAUACAUAUCAACCCAAAAAA